AUGGCCGACUUGGCGAUUGAAGAGACCAACAGGAUCAGGGCAUCCUUAGGGAUGAAGCCUCUUCCGGUCCCUGGAGGUAGAGGACCUACUUUCAAGGCAGAGAAUGGUGACUCUUCCUCAGGAUCAGAGGAGGAGCAAGGGAGCACUUUGGAGUCAAGACAAGCACAAGGGUACGAGAACUGGAACGCCCUACAAGAAGAAGCUGCUGCUAAACGAAAACGUGAAGCUAAAGCGGAGGCUAUCAAAAAAGCCCGUGAUGCUGCCCAAAGAUUUGCAAAGGUAGAAGGAAAAGGCUUAGCUGAAAAGGACGAGGCGGACAACCUGGACACCAAAACAUGGUUAUUACAACAAAAGAAGCGUAGGAAGAGAAUCGAGAAGGAUCGAGAAAAGGCUGAAAAGCUCGCAAAAGAGCUAGCAGAGCGAGAGGCCGAGGCAGAACAUACGGCAGCUGACCUCUCGGGUGUGAACGUCGCUCACGCAUUGGAGGAUUUCAAUGAAGAUGGCGGACAGAUAUUGACCCUUAAAGACGCUACCAUUGAUCAGAAUGAGGAGGAGGGCGAUGAACUUGAGAACAUGGCCUUGAAGGAACGCGAGGCUUUGGAUGAUAAAUUGAGUCUGAAGAAGAAACGACCUGUAUAUGACCCACAUGCUGAAGUAGAGGAUGGUGGAACGACAGUCCUAAAACAGUACGACGAAACAAUCGAAGGCAAAAAGCGCAAGAGAUUCCAGCUGGACGCGCAAGGCAUCUCCAUGGAGGAUAAUAAAGCCCUAAAGCAAGCAGUUGAAGAGCGUUCAAAGAAACAGGCAAUCAGUCAGGAAGUCCAAAAAAAGAAGGCAAGAUCGACACGGCAGAAAGAAGCAGACGAGGACGAUAUAUUCCCUGUUGGGGAGGUCAAUGAUGAAAAACCGAGUGGCAAUCCUAUGGACAUAGAUGCUGUCAAUGGACAGGCGAUGGUGGGGAGAGUAAAAGGCUCAAUGAACAAUUCUUUUGUUGAUGAUGAAGACCUCCAAGCAUCUCUGGCUAUUCAACGACGAGCUGCACUCAAGAAACGCAAAAAGGCGGCUCCCGAAGAUAUUGCUCGUAGCUUGAAAGAGGAGGCAUCAGCAACUUUGGGGGAUAACGAAGACGAUGUGACAGCUGAAGAAGCAGGUCUCGUCAUUGACGAAACAAGCGAAUUUGUUGCAAAUCUACAAAGGAGUAAGGAUCAAGAAGCCGAGAAGCCUCACCGGACUAAAGCACGAAGUACAACACCGCAGCUAAAAGAAGAGCCGCCAGACGAUGAAGAUGUUCAGAUGAAUAGUCCACCCGUGGAAAGCGACGAGGACCACCUAGAAAAGCGCCUCAAACGCGACUCAUUCACUCCUGAAAAGGAUGAUAUAUCAGCCGCUGGUCUUGGAGACGAAACUACGAUCAGCCAAGGUCUGGGAGCCACACUGUCAAUGCUUACGCAGCGUGGUUUACUCAAGCCCCAGGAGAAAGACGGGGAUCUCGUGGCACUCCAGCGUGAUAGGCACCACUUCCUUGCUGACAAACGACGACGAGAAGGGGAUCUUGAGCGCAAGGCUCGUCUCCAGCGUGAAAGAGAUCGUGCUUCCGGCAGAUUGGAUCAUAUGUCAGCGAAGGAACGCGAAGAAUAUGCCCGCCACGAGAAUAAACAGCGCGACCAGAUCGAGUCUCGUGUCAUGAGCGAUAUCUUCACCAAAGAAUACAGACCAAAUGUUGACCUAAAGUAUAUGGAUGAACAUGGGCGGCACAUGAGUCAAAAGGAGGCUUUCAAGCACCUUAGCCAUCAAUUCCAUGGAAAAGGCAGUGGAAAGCAAAAGACCGAGAAGCAUCUAAAGCGCGUCGAUGGCGAAAAGAAGCGGGAGGCCCAGAGUCUACUGGACACGAGCCAAGCAACAGGAAUGAACAACGCAGCCGGUUUGACAUCCAAAAAGAACAGGCAGGCAGGGGUACGUCUAGCUUAG